AGAGCUUCCGGAAGUGCCUCGAGACAAGAUGCGCGUUGGUCGAUGUCGUGCCUCAGCGGGUUUGGAAGUUACGGGCCCGAGGGCCCUGGUCCGGUUGCAGCUUUCUCUCGGGUUCCUCCCCGCCGCUCCUCCGGGUCCGUGGUCCUCUGCAGCCCGCCUUCCCCACCCCGGGCCGCCCCUGUUGCUCGCGUUUCUCUACCCCAAGUAUUGCCCUGACUGAAGAGCUCCUUGAAAGGUUCUUGAGAAGAUAAAGAAGGUAGUGGGGAAGAGCCUCCGGAGCUGCUCCAGCCCUAAAUGGCAGCAGAAUCAAGAAAGUUGUUAGCCCCGUCCCCAUCUGACCAAGCUCCUGAGGGAGACCUUGUCAUCGUCAAGGUAGAGGAAGAUCAUGGCUGGGACCAGGAAUCCAGUCUGCAUGAAAAUAACCCUCCCGGCCAAGAGCUGUUCCGCCUGCGCUUCAGGAAGUUAUGCUACCAGGAGACGUUAGGGCCCCGAGAAGCUCUGAUCCAACUCCGCGCACUUUGCCAUCAGUGGCUAAGGCCGGAUUUGAACACCAAGGAGCAGAUCUUGGAGCUGCUGGUGCUGGAGCAGUUCCUGACCAUCCUGCCCGAGGAGCUGCAGACGCUGGUGAAGGAACAUCAGCUGGAGAAUGGAGAGGAGGUGGUGACCCUGCUGGAGGACUUGGAAAGGCAGAUUGACAUACUAGGGCGGCCGGUCCCAGCCCGUGCACAUGGACAUGGACUCUGGGAGGAGGUGGUGCAUUCAGAAUCUGCACCAGAACUUCCAGAUGCUCCGCUCCGAUCUGUGACAACCCAGCACAAAUCUCCAGUGCCCCAAGGGCCGCAAGAGAGAGCCAUCUCUACUUCUCAGAGUCCUAUCCCUUCCCAGAAGGGAAGUCCUGGAGACCAGGAGAUGACAGCAACACUUCUCACAGCAGGGUUCCAGACUUUAGAGAAGAUUGAAGACAUGGCUGUGUCCCUAAUUCGAGAGGAGUGGCUUCUUGAUCCAUCGCAGAAGGAUCCCAGUAGAGAUAAUAGGCCAGAGAAUUACCGAAACAUGUUCUCCCUGGGUGGUGAGACCAGGAAUGAGAACAGGGAAUUAUCUUCGAAACAGGUAAUAUCUACUGGACUCCAACCACAUGGAGAGACAGCUGCCAAAUGCAACGGGGAUGUUAUCGGGGGUCUUGAGCAUGGAGAAGCCCGAGAUCUUCUGGGCAGAUUAGAGAGGCAGCGGGGAAAUCCCACCCAGGAGAGACGACAUAAAUGUGAUGAAUGUGGGAAGAGCUUUGCUCAGAGCUCGGGCCUUGUUCGCCACUGGAGAAUCCACACUGGGGAGAAACCCUAUCAGUGUAAUGUGUGUGGUAAAGCCUUCAGUUACAGGUCAGCCCUUCUUUCCCAUCAGGAUAUCCACAACAAAGUAAAGCGCUAUCACUGUAAGGAGUGUGGUAAAGCCUUCAGUCAAAACACAGGCCUGAUCCUGCACCAGAGAAUUCAUACUGGGGAGAAGCCGUAUCAGUGCAAUCAGUGUGGGAAGGCUUUCAGUCAGAGUGCGGGCCUUAUUCUGCACCAGAGAAUCCACAGUGGGGAGAGACCCUAUGAAUGUAAUGAGUGUGGGAAGGCUUUCAGUCAUAGCUCUCACCUCAUUGGACAUCAGAGAAUCCACACCGGGGAGAAGCCCUAUGAGUGUGAUGAGUGUGGGAAAACCUUCAGGCGGAGCUCACAUCUUAUUGGCCAUCAGAGAAGCCACACUGGGGAAAAACCCUACAAAUGCAAUGAGUGUGGGAGGGCCUUCAGUCAGAAGUCAGGCCUUAUUGAACAUCAGAGAAUCCACACUGGAGAAAGACCCUAUAAAUGUAAAGAAUGUGGGAAAGCUUUCAAUGGGAACACGGGCCUCAUACAGCAUCUGAGAAUUCACACAGGGGAGAAGCCCUAUCAAUGUAAUGAGUGUGGGAAAGCCUUUAUUCAGAGGUCAAGUCUCAUUCGGCAUCAGAGAAUCCACAGUGGAGAAAAAUCUGAAUCCAUAGGAGUUUAGGAACAAAGCACAGUCCUAGUUUGGGCAUUAUUCCACAUUAGAGAAACCACAUGCUGGUGAGGGCUCUUUCAGUGUAGUAAAAAGAAAGUGUGUCAUCACUGCAACCUCACCAGAGUCAGAACGGAUCGUGGUGGCGGAUUAGAGUAGCUCUUCAGUAGUCUGGGCCAGUGCCUUGGUGAGGUGAGUUAGCUUGACUGUCCGGGGAGGUGUCUGAGGGAGUGGAGCUCCUGAUGGCCUGAUGUAUCCUUUAGAAACAAAAUAGCAUUAGAGCAAGUUGCUUGUCAUGGAGGCACUUAAUUCUGUCUUUUGAGGAGUAGUUGUAGGUUUUGAGAGAGGCUACUCCUGGUUCCUCUGCUUCCUCCCGUCUCCUGUGAUCCCCUUCCCCCGUUUACCUCCCUGAGGUGCACUUGUGCUGCAAAUCUGAUCUGAGAAGCCACUUUAGAGUUUGAAGCAGCCUCUGUGUGAAGUUUAUUUUGUACUUAGCUUCCUAAGAACCUAGUUCUAGGGAAAAUUUUUACAGACACUUAAUGUAUUUUUUGCUUAAGUGUGCGUUUUGUUUUAUUCUGAUGUUCCUGAUAGUCAGUGGAAACCCAUAUUCCCACGCAAACUCAGAAUGCUAUAUUUUUAACAGCACUGCAGCAUUUUUCUUCAUAUCUCACCUUCCCUGACUCCAAUGAGUCACUGAGCGUCCAUACGUAUCCUUCACCACCCCCAGCCCCCGUACGUGUGUCCGCAAAGGAGGUGAUGGUUGUGGGAAUGAAGCAGAGAAAGAGGUGAGUGGAGACUCAGCCUGGCUGCUCUUGAGCUCGGGUGGUUGUACCUUGUGGUAACUUGUGGCUCUCCUUUCCACCUUCCCACGGUACACUGUGGUGCACAGAGGUGGUAACACUGUCCUAGUUACUGCAUCACAUGGGAGAAAGGGGAGACAGAGGUGCUUGAAGAAGACCUAAAAAUCCUUACAAAGAAUGUACACACAGCUCGCCUGGCGCAUUACAGCACUGCCCUCUCAGGUUCUUACCAGUCUGCACAAACCCCUGACAGGACGGUCUGUCACUCCUGUCGUCCCCCUGCUCCCACCUCGUCAGAUGGCCUUAGCGCCUCACCCUUCAUUCUCCAUCUGUUUCUUGCCAUUAGCUCUGUGUGUCUCCGUGGCAAUCUGUCGAAUACUUCCCUCACAGCUCCUCAUCUUCUAAAUUCUGUUGUACUCCAUGAUGUAAUCCAGCAGACACAGUAUCUUAACUCAUCAUCACCAGGCACUAUCUUUCUUGGAGGCUUUCAGUGUACCAAAGGAUAUUCGGUAAAGUGACAAGGUUGGGUUAAAUAACAUACCAGACUCUGCAUCCAAACAUGGUUUGUCCUUUAAAUUUGGCACUUGAUCCAUCUUUAUGACUUGGACCUCUGAGUAACAUCUCAUUUUUGACCACUGCCCACUUGUUCAUCACAUUUGGACUGGAGUUACUUUUGGCUCUUUUCCAAAAUCAGCUUUCAGAAUUGGAAUUGAUUCCACUAAUCCUAUUCAGGAGACUAGGAUGCACGCCAGGAGAAGUUACACAACUUCACACUGACUGUACUCAACAGGAAGAACACUUACUAACAUGUAUUGAUGUUUUUCAAAAGGUCAUAAAAUCUUUCAUCAUAAAGGUCUGCCUUUUGGGUCAUGAAUUCCUUCUCUAUAAAAUCCCCUCUCUGACCCACUGUGGUCCACCCUGAUCACUAACAACAUCACCCCUGUUUCACUGAGUGAGUGAUACCCGUCUGUCAUUUGUCAUCGUGGCUUCCUUGGUUAACUUUCUCAGAACAGUGCUUUCCAUUAUCCUUUGUUUUCUUAUCCUAUUUUUUUUUCUUUUGGCCUAUAGGUUCCCUUGCACUUGAAGGGAAUUCCAUUCCUCAUUCCCUUGUACUUGAAAAUUCAAGAAACCAGAAAUAAAUCUGGUAGUUUCUAGAUCCUUGCUCUCUGCUUCAGUUGUGCCUUUACCCUCUGUAAGAUACCAGUUCUGCCAGUGCUGCCUGUGUGCAGAUACUGUUUAGGACGGGUACACCGUCAGAGGGAUAAUAUGUGCACACAUCCACACAGUCCUCCCACGUAGUUCUGAGGAGCACUUGUCUUCUAUUCUGGUAAAAGCUCUCAGAACAACAUACUGAAAUGCCUGUAAGAGUACCAGCUAACAUCUCUCUACUCACAGUAAUGUGUAGUCAUGCUACUUAAAUCUAUAAUUACUAAGCAUCUGGCAGGAAUUCAGAGAAAAUAAAAUAUGCCUAGAAAGAUUAGUGUGAUGCUGGGAAGAAUAAGGAAAGACUGUGACAGGCACCUGGGUGGCUCAAUGGAUUAAGCCUCUGCCUUAGGCUCAGGUCCUGAUCUCAGGGUCCUGGGAUCGAACCCCAUGUCAGGCUCUCUGCUCAGCGGGGAGCCUGCUUCCCCCCCUCUCUCUGCCUGCCUCUCUGCCUACUUGUGAUCCCUCUCUCUUUCUCUUUGUCAAAUAAAUAAAUCUUUAAAAAAUAAAAAAAAGGAAAGACUGUGAUUUGAAGGAACUAUCAAGGUUGGUUUAGCCCACAUACAAAAAUGGCCGCAUAGUGUAAGAAGGUAGAAAAGGCUGUUGUUUCUUUGGGGGCACAUGUAGAAGUCCAUUCUUGGUCUCCACUUCUCACUCUUUGUACUAGAAUGUUGUUGGUCCAUCUUUAUGACCUUAUCUUGAUCUCCUGACUAAGUGAUAUGUGCUAAGUUCCUUUAUAUCCUGCAGAUUCUAUUUUUAUGCUCUUCAUCUGAGAUGAGCUAUUCACCAAUACUUUCUUCUCCCAUCAUGAUCUCAUUUUAGGGCCUAUCAUGAUAAAGUGGUUCUUCUGUAACUCUGCGGCCAUUCAACUUAGUCCUAGAAGACGUGUCUUAGGUUUCAAAGAUUUCUGCCAUUGAGCAAGAUGGAUGGCAUCACUAGAAUGUGGUGGGUGAUUCCCAUACAGAGCAGUUAGCUUUACUCUCAGUCCUGAGCCUCUAAAUACUAAUAGCUGACAUUUAUUAAGCACUUACUGUGUGCCAAGCCAUAUGCUAAGCAUUUCUCAUGGUUCUGAUAAAUAAUAUAUCCCACAUUUUACAGAUGAUGAAAUAGGCUUUAGAAGGGUGAGUGAAAAAGGCUUACAAGAUUAUAGAGCUGGGAAGUGACAGAGCAGGGACUCUGCCCUACAGUGCCAGGUUCUCAAGCCUGUGCUGUUGCCCACUGUGCUACCAUGUCUGUAAUGAACACCCUGACCCUGGCCAGCCAUCUGAAAAUUUGGUAUCCCUGGACAUAAGAGCUACUGGGGAAGGGAACGUAGAGUAUCAUAUAGUACAGAUCCAUUGCAAUUACUGGAAAAUUGGUUGAAAAAUGUUGUUUUGAUAGAUACUUUUGAUGUUUGUAGUACUAGAAAGUUAAGUGGUACACAUAAAACAUGUUUAAAAGAGUAACUUAAAAAAAAAAGUAACUCAGAGGAUUAAGCAGUAAUGUACAGAUUCAAGUAUAUUUCUCCCUAAACUGCCCCAGGGAACUAGAAUUGUGGAGGGAAAUGUGAUAUCCAUGUGCCAUGCCAGGCCAGGCAUAUGGUCAUUUGGGAUGACAGUAAAAUUUACCUACAGCAUGAAGGGUAGAAAACCUUCCACUUCACUGCCAUGUCCAACUGCCAUUCUCUUUUUCUUCUAUCACUCACAGUUUUUCAAAUGUACCAUCCAUCACUCAACCCCAUUUUCUCAUUACUAUACUCUUAAAACUUCUUACUGGCAUUUGCACACAGUAUUCCACUUAAGUGUCCUGUGGAUAAAUCUCAAUGCCUUUUCUGAGUUCUUGUCCUUCUCGAUCUAUAUUUCACACUCCUGAGUUUACCCUGCAACCCAGGAAUUCUCUUCUUUGGCUUGUGGGGUCCUUCUUGAUCAUUUUCUCCAAUUUCUAGCUUUUCUUUAUUGGUCUUGUUUCUCCUCUCCACAGGAAAUAACCCUCAUGUCUUGAUUUUAUCCAGUAUUUUUCUGUAUUUACUUGUACUUACCUAUUUCGAUUGUUUACACUUAAUCUUGUGUAUUUCAUUUCAGUAACUUAAUAUUUCCCACCCUGUGGAUCAGAUACCCACAGAACUUGGUAUUUGAAAACAGACCUCCUCAUGCUUAUCCCCCAGCUCCCAUUUUCCUUUUAAAUAGGCAUUAUUGCUUAUCUUCUUUAUCCUGAAUAGACUUACUGCCCUUCAUGUAUGUUUGUUUGUUCUUUUUAAGUGGGCUCCAUACCCAGUGUGGGGCUCAAACUCAUGACUGCGAUAUUGAGUCCUGUGCUCUACUGACUGAGCCAGCCAGGUGCCCUGUCUUUCCUAUUUCUUAUCGCCAUCUCAGUGUUGUCUUUGUCUUUUUCUGCUCUCCACUCUACAUUCCAGUUCUUAGUUUUCUCCAUGAGGCUGGAUCUUUCACAUUUCUCCCAUCCCCUUUUAGCCUUCUGCAGAUCCAUAUAUUCUGAUGCCCAGGUGAUUGUAAUCUCAUUCUUCCAAGAUUUCAAGAAAUUUCAAGAUUUCAUUGCUUUCAGGAUCCCUCUCCCCAUACUUCUAAGGUGAUUCUCUUCAGAAUCCAUUUUUAGUCCAGAACACUUGGCAGAUAAUUCUUAUCAGAGCACUAGUGUUCCAAGUUCUACCAUUAUUUUGCCCUUCAUGCUUAAUCUGCCUCUGCCUCAUUUUCUGGCAUAUUCAGCUCAACUCCUCUUGUUCACACUGUUGUCUUACAAGCCCUUGCCUCUGUGCCUUUCUCAUGCAGUGUCUUUUGUUGAGAUUGUUUUUGGCCCCAGUUCUUGUUCAUCACUCCCUUCAAGCCUAGCUUCUUUGUAUCUUCUGAGUGAGCGUUCCCUGACUUCUCACACUAAGACCUCCCUUGUUCGGUGCUGCCUCAGCACUUAUCCUUUGAGUUUGUACUGUGGUCCAUGCACUACUAAUAUGUUGCUUUGUAAUUAUUUUCUAGCACUCUGUAUUGUAGUUCACAUUUGUAUUUAUUUCCAAAAUUAAAUUGUAAGCUCCUUGAGGGCAGGAAUGAUGAAUUUUACAUUUGUAUCUCUGCACCCCCCAGUGCCUAGUACAGUGCUGAGCACACAGUAGGUGUUUAAUAAAUGCUUGUCAAAUCA